GUGCCCAAAAUGUAUGGGGGGAGCUAGGGCUAUUUCCCCUUCUUUAAAUCAAAGGCUUAAAACCGUGGGAUGGGACAGGGUUGAGAAUACACAAAUCACGGGGUUGAUUCUCACCCACCUCAAGCUACCUUUGACCCUAGAACCGGGGAAAGGAUCUGAGUACGAUCAGUGACACGUCCCACCCCCCAAGCUGAGUCGGGGUGCUAAUCCAAGAGGUUGGAGUGGCCUCGUCAAUGAGGAUGGAUUAAGGCAGGAUUGGGUGCUGAGGGGGAGCCCAAGGAAGCCAAAGUCCUGGCCCUCAUCCAAGACUGUGAUCAGAAAACAGACAACCAAGAAACUGGGAGUAAAGCCAAGAAGAUGUAGGUCACACAGAAGUGUGACUCUAAGGAGCAAAGCUUUGAGGAGACAGCAAGGUGCCCAGCCAGGCCACAGUGUGGAGAACAUAAAAGAAAGCAGAGAAAGAAAAGACCGGAAAGCUCCUGGGCAGGGUGUGUGUGAGAGAGGCUGCCAUGGGCAGGCCCCAGGCUGGGCAGACUUACCAGCCAACCUUUUGGAGCUCCAGAGGAGGAGGAGACUGGGAGGGGAGAGAGUGUGGAAGAAGCUCGACCUCACUUUCCAGGUGACCACAGGCAGGGUGGUGUGCCCUCUCCUGCCCAAUUCCAUUCCUGCUACCACCAUUGGUGGCCACAGAAAGAACUGGACAGAGGCACCUGUAAUGUGGUGAGCCAUGCCUGGCCGGCGUUCUGGACAUCCUCGCCCGCCAUCCUGCCCUGCGCGGCCAGGCCAGGCCUCCCCGUGGGAGCGGCCACCAGGUGUCUCUCCCAGAGAGGUCUGUCUCGAGGUGUAUGGUGCAGCUACACCCCAAGUCAAGCCAAGCCGCCGGCCGGCCCAGCCGGCCACACCACGACGGGUCCGCCGGCCCAGCCCCAAAGACCCUGGUGCUCGAGAGUCAGAGAGCGUCACCUUCAUCUCUGGCUCGGCCGAGACCCCUCUGGACACCACAACCUGCUGCCUCCCCCGGCCAUGGGUGUGGAACUUAUGCAAGGCUGUAUUCUGUUUCCGCCGCUGUCGGGCCUGCUAUCAGCGCUGCGGGGGUUGUAUGCGCAGCUGUGAGGCCUGCCUGCCCUCCCUGGGCCCUCCAGAGAGCUUUCCGGAUGAGGGUUGGGGUAAGGAACACAACGGCGGCCCGCCCCCCAAGAGCCCAGCCAUUGCCCCUCCCAGCCGGCGAGACAGAGAGAGGUCCAAGUCGCCCAUCGGCAGCAGCUUCAGCUACCCCGACGUCAAGCUGAAGGGCAUCCCCGUGUACCCGUAUCGGGGUACACCAGCCUCCCCCCCAGACACAGACUCUUGUUACAAAGAGCCGCUGGUUGAGCAGCCGCCCCGAGACAGCCUGCCUGGGACCUUAGGCGGGAGCCUGCGGAGCUCAGAGGAGUAUUACUCCUUCCACGAGUCGGACCUCGACCUCCCCGAACUGAGCGGUGGCUCCAUGAGCAGCCGGGAGAUCGAUGUGCUCAUCUUUAAGAAGCUGACGGAGCUAUUCAGCAUGCACCAGAUCGACGAGCUGGCCAAGUGCACCUCGGACACGGUGUUCCUGGAGAAGACCAAUAAGAUCUCCGACCUCAUCAGCAGCAUCACGCAGGACUACCACCUGGAUGAGCAGGACGCCGAGUGCCGCCUGGUCCGCGGCAUCAUCCGCAUCAGCACCCGCAAGAGCCGCAGCCGCCCAACCACCGCCUCGGAGAGCCGCCUGAGCCGGGGCCCCGCCCCUGACAGCGGCACCGACACCAUGUUGGCCUCGGUCCUCAGCCAGGACGAGCUGACUGUGCAGAUCUCCCAGGAAACGACAUCAGAUGCCAUCGCCCGGAAACUGAGGCCCUACGGAGCUCCAGGUUAUCCACCAAGCCACGACUCCUCCUUCCAGGGAACUGAGACAGACUCCUCAGGGGCACCCCUGCUCCAAGUGUACUGCUAGCCCCUACCCCAGCCCUUGGGGGCCUCCUGGGACUGCAGGCAGGACAGAUGGGCCCCCACGAACAAUUCUUCUUCCCCCUUCCAGUGGGCCACCUCCUAAGAAGUUCUGGGGAUAGGACUCGCACCUAAAACCAGGCUGCAGGCUCCAGAUGGUGAUGCCUUUGGGUGUGUGACCACCCCCACCACCACCCUUCCACUGGUGCACCCACUGUUUACCCCUUUCCCCAGACCUCAGAUUAAUUUCCUGAUACCGUGAAGCACUAGGUUUCAGAGUCUUUCUAGCUCUUCAGGGGAGGGAUUUCCAGGGCCCUACAGACUCCAAGGGCUUUUUGCUUUCCUAGUGAAUGGGUGGGUUUCAUGCUUUCCUUCUGUCAUCAAAGGGCUUCGUCAUUACAUGUUGGGAUUCACUUGCCAUUAUUAACAAAGGGCUUCCUGGUUCUCCUUCAACUAGGAAGCCCUCCCCAGCCUUUCUGGGAUUAUGUGAGCACAGCCCUUCGCCUUUGCAAAGUUGUGCUAGAGAUCCACUGGUUAUUACUGGUUACUUACACUUCAGCUGGUUCCUCUCAACACGUGAAAGCCUGCAUCUCAUGUGAUCAAGAUGCUUGUAUGAUAUUAAUAAAGCUGUUGACCAAACUUGA